CAUACAUAUUAUACACUCAUGCAAGGAUGUCAUGGAUAAUUAAGCUCCUUAAUCUACUAGCAAUCUUUGGUAUUUCUUGUGCGAUUAAUUGGAGAUCGGAAAGCAAUGAAGAUCAAUGUGAGACAGCAAUCAGGGAAGUCAUUAGAGAUGAUCGAGCUAUUGUUGAAGAUGAUAGUCUAACUAGGCUGCAUUACACGUGGUCAUCUCAAGAAUGUGAAGUACGAGCUGGCCCAGAAUAUAUCAUUCGAAAGUACACAUUUUUCGAAAACGGAACAUUUUUAUUACUACGCUAUCAUUAUGCCGAAGAAUCCUGUAGCAUACCAACUCAUACUGUAGUUGGACGAGGAUCCAUUCAAUUGGGUUUACCGUCAACAGUAAUACCUGGUGCAACUGAAACCAAAUUUCACAUAGACAUGGUUCACAUAGUACCAUUGAAUCGUCAGAUCGCCAAUAAAUUUGGACAUAGAUUAAACGUCACUUGUAGUUUUCAACCAAAAUGGCGUCCUUACGUGGCACAACCAAUUUUCGAACGGUUUCAUCGUCAAUUUGAAUCUCCAUCGUGGUACAGUCCAAGAUAUAAUUCUCUUCAAAAUUAUCCUUCAUCGAAAAAAGAAAAAGGGAUUGACUGUUUAGAAAAACUUGGAAUCGAAUUCGACGAAUUGAGUAUACUGAGAGUACAAAAAAGGGCACUCGAUCAGAGAUACAUCGUACCUAGUUCGAUUUAUAAAUCAAAAGUCGAAUUGGCGCUUGCCAAUGUACCACCAAACGUACAAUCUCGAUGGAUUCAUCAACCUACGUCAUUACAAUCCACCAUGUUAAUUCGUAUGGAUACCACUAGCGAUUGUCCAAUAUGCGGUAGUAUAUCUCGAGGAACGGAAUACAAUCCACCACUGUUACACGAGUUAGCACCACUUCCAGCAUUACUCGGUGGUUCAUGGAUAAGUUCCCAAUGUGAAAGUGUCAAAAACGGUUUAUGGUCUCGACGUCACAUGAAAAUAUAUUCCGGUGAUAAACUGUGGACUGGUCGUUGGGAUUAUUACUUGAAUCCACGAUGUACCAUAUUUUCUUACUCGAUCACUGCAGCAGGAAGUUACUUGCAACGUGCUGGAGGAUAUAAACGCGACAACACGGAUAAUACAAAACUAUACCAAUCAUCUUGGAAUUCCUUAACAGACAAAUUAAUGUCUAGAUCAAGAAGAAGUAUGAACGACGCUUAUCGUCAUCUUUUUCGAAACGCUCGUCCUUCGAUGGUUGAAUCAUUUGCUGCAAUGCUCAAGGGUAAUCAAAAACACGAAGCAAUUGCAACAAGUGCAGAGACAUCCCCAAGCACACCCUGUGGAACCACGGAAUUGGAUCUUCACGUAGCCGAGAGUCUUCUCAUCCCAGGAGAUACGUUAAUAGUUGAUCGAUGUGCUGGCAAAGAGCCAGGCAAACCACUUACCCUAUGGCCUAAUAAUUGCGUUCCUCUGGCCAUAGAAGCACCAUCGACCCUUCGAUUAAGAGCUAAAGUUGGAGUUAGUUGGUCGGGUCAAUACAUCUUACGAUUAGGUCUGAAAGAUGACGAUAUUUGGGAUAUGCCACUUCGUCAAUGCGGACAAACUAAUUCACGUAAUCCCAAACUUAGAAUAUAUCUUCGAAAAAGUUUAGGACUUAAAUAUGGGCUCUCAUCUUUGGCAGUAUCAUCCAAUCAGACAUCUCUCGAAAUGAUUAUAAUUAUGUUUCUUUGUGUUCAUUAUUUUUUCCGAAUAAGUUAAAUCUUUUUCUUAAGGACAGUAUUUUAUUAUUAACUUCAAUUAACUUCAAAAAUGGAGGAGGUUCUCAAUUCGACUGAAUUUCUUUUUACGUUUGUUACUUCAAAACUUUCGACUGAGUUAACCGAUUUUGAUGAAUUUUUUUUUAUUUUAUUUGAAAGCUAGUGCUGCCUGUGUGGUCCCAUUUCAAUUUGAUCCAGUUCUGACAAAUGGCAUCCAUGAGAAAACCAUAUAAGUCUUAAAUUUGCAUUUAUAAUCUAAUCGUAUAGUUUGCAAUGUUUGUCAAAUGAAAUGUUAGUCGUACCUAUCGAUACGAAUAUGUAAAUAUAGUAAACGUGUAUUUGAAAAAAAAAUCAUUUACAAUCAUUUACGUUUGUUAAGAUCAAGAUUAAAAAAAAGAAAUAUUGAAAAAUAUUUAUAAAAUAUGAAAGGUUUGAUGGACGAACGAUAUCAUACAAUGAUUUUAAGUACAAUCCUUUUAACCUUGCCAUGUAAAAA